AUGCGGCACUUGCCAGCGGAGAGCAAGGAAAGCGCUAUACCUGCAACACCUGGCUUAAUGUCUCAGCCGGGAACAAGUAAGCAGCAACAGGAUUUUAAUCCUCAGCCAUCAUUUAAAUCGCAAGGUACAUCGAGCAAACUUGAUGAAUUAUUACAUAAACAAGCAAUUAACUUUAAGGCUUUUAAAAGAACUGUAACAAGUAUCGAUGUUGAAAAAAUAUGCACUAAGUGGAAAUUCGAGGAUGCCCUGCAACAGUUAAAUUCCCGAUGGAGCGUUAUUGACUCCCUUCAUUGGGAAAUCGACAGCAUUCUGGACGGGGAAGACGUUGAAUACGAGAAUUCUUUCACUCGCCACGAAAGCAUUUUCAACAACCUUAAAGAAGCGAUAAACACAAAGCUCUGGUCAGUCUCUAACAGAGAAAAUAUCACACCGAAGGUUGACAUUCCGGUUUUCAAUGGAAACUAUCAGCAAUGGGUAUCUUUUAAAAAUUUAUUCAACGAAGCUGUUCAUCUUAAUCCUUCCUUAUCAAAUUCACAAAAAAUGCAGUAUCUGAAAAGUAAGAUCAAAGGCGAGGCAGAACGCCUCAUACAGCAUUUAUCUAUAAGCUCACAAAAUUAUACUUCCUGUUGGGAAAUAUUAAAUCACAGGUACGAGAAUAAAAAGCUUAUUUUUACAUCUCACAUAAAUGUAAUUUUAGGCCUACCCAACAUGCAGCAGCAAUCGCUCGGACAAAUAAAAAACAUGCACGAUGCGACAAAGGAAUGCCUGAAUGCCAUUAAAAACCUUGGUGUUGAUACAAGCACGUGGGACCCGAUGAUCGUUCAUAUCUUAGCGAUUAAAUUAGAUACCGACACUCAUAACGAUUACAUCGAGUCAUUGAAAAAUCCUAGAGAGCUACCAACACUGCAAGAAUUUCUAAGUUUCCUCGAGAUGAAAUUUACUGCAUUAGAAUCAUCUAAGCGCAAGCAAGAGCCACCUAAAACAUUCCAGCACCCUCAAAAACCAACACCAGCAGCAUAUCCUAAAGCAUUCCAGAAAUCACAUUUAUUUAAAUCAUUCGCUAGCAACUAUAAUAAUUCAUCGCAAAACGGAAAAGGUAUCAAUUACACAACGCAAAAUUGUCCAAUAUGCAACAAUAAUCAUGCAAUAAUAUAUUGCAAUAAAUUCGCGGAAUCUCAACCUAAACUGCAAUUACAAACAAUUACAAGGUUACAGCUAUGUCAAAAUUGUCUAUAUAAUCAUAAUGGUAAUAAGUGUUUUUCCACUAAAAGAUGCCGAGUAUGCAAUGAGAACCAUCAUACUUUGGUUCAUGAAGCGUUCGCACAGCGAACAUCCCAAAGUACAGCUAGCACAGCAAGCCCCGAAAAUCAACUGAAAAAUAGCUCUCACGUGUCCCUGGAUAAUACACAGGAAAUUUUAUUAGCAACAGCUCAAGUUUCAGUUCAAGCUGCAGAUGGUUCGUCAUUAGUCAUGCGUGCUCUCAUAGAUCAAGGAUCACAGACUUCCCUUAUAACCGAAAAUGCAGCUCAGAGACUCGGUCUGCCGCGUCAGCAGUGUAAGGGAGUGAUUUUAGGUUUAGGAGCUAAAGAGAACACGUGUAAAGGCUUUAUGAACAUACAAAUAUCUUCUCAAUACAGCGACUAUUCUUUAAACACAGGAGUUUUUAUAAUGAAUCAUGCGGUGAACAAUCUACCAAAUAAAUCAUUCAGUAAACCAGCAUGGUCAUUUAUUGACGACAUACAAUGA